AAUUUUUGUAUUUUUAGUAGAGACGGGGUUUAAGCAUGUUGGCCAUAAUAAUCUCGAUCUCUUGACCUUGUGAUCUGCCCGCCUCGGCCUCCCAAAGUGCUGGGAUUACAGGCCUGUGCCACCGCACCCCGUCUAUCUGCGAUCUUUCAAAAAUGCCAAAGCCCAGACCAACUGCACCAUGUCUCUGGGGGCGGGACCCGGGCUUCCGUAUUUGUGAAACUCCCCAGGUGGUCCCAAGAAGCUUGGGAACCACUAGGAGGGGCUUCACACCUUCUCAAAGCCCUUUUAGAGCCACUUUCCCAUUUGAACCUCACAUUAAACCUGCUUAUUUCACAGGGUAGGGUUUUGUCAAAAACUAGAUACAUAUGUGUGUAUGUACAUAUACAUUUAUCAGAUUGUGAAAGCAAUGUGUACUCCCUGCAGAAAUUUUAGAAAUAAAUUUUAAAGAAGAAAAUGAAAAUUACCCGAGUCUUACCACUUACGACAGUUACUAUUGACGUCUGUUUUAUUUCUUUUAUUUCCUUGCUUUCUUACAGCUGAGGAAAUUGAGAUAGAGAAACAUUAAGUAACUCUCCCAGGGGCCAGAUGCAGUGGGUCACGCCUGUAAUCCCAGCACUUUGGGAGGCUGAGGCGUGAGAAUUGCUUGAACCCGGGAGGUGGAGGUUGCAGUGAGUCAAGAUCACGCCCUAGCCUGGGUGAUAGAGUGAGACUCCAUCUCUAAAUAAAUAAAUAGCUUUCCUAGGGUACUGAAGCUAGCAAGUAGCAGAGCCAGGAUUUGAACCCAUGGUACGGAUGGAGUCCGUACUAGUGGUGGGACUAGUGUGUGCCGAGGACAGGCAUGUAUCCGGGCCCACUACAUGAAGGGGUCUGUGAAAACAGGAGGCUCAGCAGGAACGGGGAAGGCGGCCUUUGGUGCUGGCUGGUUUCUACUUUGCCCUUGUGUAUCUGAAACAGGAGAAUGCAGCCAAAUGCCACGUUCAUCACCCAGCUCACAGCCACUCCUGAGCAACUGCUCCAACUCGUCUUUGCUGGGGUCUGCAGCCUUGUCCUGCUGGUGGGGCUGGCAGCUAAUGGGCUCACGCUGCUGGCGGUGGGCCGGGGCCUGGGCACCCCCCACCUGCUCCAUGCCCUGACCCACAGUCUCAUGAUGAACAUCACACUAUCUGACCUGUUCUUCGUGGCCUGUGUCGUGCCCGUGCUGCUGCUCAGCUUCCUGCAGCAUGACUGGUGGCUGGGCCCUGCCAUCUGUACCAUUAGCCAGGCCACCAACACAGCCACCAUGUUCUGCACCUUCUACAGCAUGGUGGCCACGGCUCUUCUGUGCCACAUGGCUGUGGCCCAGCCUGACGUGGCCUUCCCAGCCGGCUGGAGCACCCGCUUGCUGCUCUGUGGGGCCAUGUGGGCCCUGGGCCUUACCGCAUCCCCGCCCAACUGGCUGUUCCAGUGGGUGGCAGUGGAGCAGGAGACAGCAUGGGCUCCUGAGACCCGGGCCUGCAUCUUGCUCCUGAGCCCUGCUGGGACCUCCUGCUCCUUCAGCCUGCUGGGAGCCCUGGCCUUCCUGCCAUGCAUGCUGGGGCUGGGCUGCUCUUUCAGCCACGUGGGCUGGCUCCUGUGGACACAGCCCUGAGGCCCUGUGGGGGAGAGCAUCCAGGAGCACCAAGAGAACACAGGGCUCAUCCUUGUGGUGCUGGUGGCUUUUGUGCUGAUGUGAGGGCCCUGUUCCAUGCUGGGCUACGUGGCAGCCAUGGACCACCUGCCUGCCUCCCCAGCUGCCUUUGUGGCCCCCAGCCUCUGCACCAUCCUGGCCUACUCCAAUUGCUCUGUCAGCCCUAUCCUCUGCUUCUACCUCUCCCGCCCCUUCCAGGCAG